CUGUCCACCCGCAAGGACCACAGCAUGUACAAAUACAACCACAUGUACACCAAUGACCCCGGUGCAGUGUUUCCUGCGGCUGAACUCCCGUCGUGCACCGCUCUGGGCCAGAGUCCAGAGACCGAGCACAUCCGAAGCACACACAACAACACUUACGUGCGCACUAAAAUAAAGGUUACCACAGGUGAGCUUCCUAAAGAGGUUCUACCUAUUGUUCCUAGCCUAACUACAAGUCCACCUGCUCCUAUAGUGGCUCCUAGCUCCCCUCCUAAGUCACCGCCAGUGCAGCCGAGCGGUGGUACUUAUGUUUGCCAGGUGUGCCAAAAAGUUUUCCAGUACCAGCGCAUGCUGAACAGACACCUAAAAUGUCACAGCGAGCAGAAGAGACACCUGUGCGACUUUUGCGGGAAGGGCUUUAAUGACACCUUCGAUCUCAAGAGGCACGUCCGCACACACACAGGAUCUGUGAACCAAGACUGA